AUGAUUCAACCGAGGCCCCAGCGUUGUGGCGCACAGACCACCCUUCCAUCCCGUGAAUCGGCACCGCCCGCUCCGGCCGCUCCAGGCCUGGCUGGCCUGGCCUGCUUCUAUUCUGGCCAUCCGCCAGGCGUUGCAAACCCUGCAGAUCUGCUUGGCGCUGCGCCAGCUGCGCAGCACCUCAACGCGUGCAGAGCGUACUGGCGUGCUGGCAGAGUGCAGUGCAAAACGGCAGUAGCUCAAGUCUCCUGGACUCCUGGACUCGAGUCCGGGACAGAUCUGGCUCUUCCCCCAUCACUCACUCCUACCCAACGCUCUCCUACUACUCAACACCCUUCACUCGCAACAUGCACAAGAUUCUCCGUCGCCGAGCCCACUGGUGCCGUCGACCCUUCCACCGGCGACGACGGCACUGAUGGCGCCGAGGACGUCGACAUUGGUUCCGCCUCUGUCGACCCCGGUGCCGAAGCCUCCGCGACCCUUGGCGCCGAGGCUGGCGAGGAGACGCCUGAGGUCUCUGACACUGCCGACGUCUCCGACACCGCCGGCGCCGAUGUUUCGGACACCGCAGCCGGCGCCUCCGACACUGGCGCCUCCGCCUCGCCCACUGCUGUCACCCCCGCCGUCGGCGGCGUCACUGCCGCUCCCUCCGCCUCAGCCUCCCGUUCCGCCUCGGCUGGCAUCACCUCGCCUCCCUCCAGCAGCGUAUCCAAGCUCCACAGUGCCAGUGAGAGCAAGGUUGCCUCCAGCUCUGUCAGCGCUCACAACAACGGAACUGGCACCGGUGGCGGUAACGGAGCCGGUAAGGAUGGUAGCUCUGCCGUGCACUUCGGUGCUGGAUGGGAGGCGGCUGCCGUCGUUGCUGCUGUCUACGCGCUGGUCUAA